AUGCACCGCCAUGUUCCGUAUAAGGUCAGCAAAGCCACGACAACCAUCUGGCGAGAAGCACGAGUCUUUUGGAGAGGCACCCUCCCCAGUGCCAACUUGUUGCAAACCACCGCUGAAGCCAUUGUCCGCCAGGCCCAGAUACCAUAUGUCGAAGCCAUGAGCACCUUUGGCAGCCCAGGAAAGCUGCCGUCGACCAAGCCCACCCCGCCGCAACGUGGGAGCUUUCCGCUGGACCACGAUGGCGAGUGCAAGCAUGUCAUACCCAAAUACAUCGCGUGCAUGAAUAAUGCCCGCGGCAUCAACGACGACGAGUGCCGCAACCUGAUGAAGGCCUAUCUCGCCUGCAGGAUGGACCGGAAUCUGAUGGCCAAGGAUGACUUCAAGAAUCUGGGCUUUGCCGAGACGCCCAAACCCUAUUCGCAGGUCUCAAAAUCAGAGAAGGGCGUCAAGGGCGAGCUACGGUGGUGA